AUGCCAUUGGCAUAUACUACUCAAGCAGUGGAAGAGGAACCGGAAAUAAAAGAACAAAAAAAAAAAAAAAAAAAAAAAAAGUUUACUGAUUUUAGUAUAUAAAUUAUAAAGUUAUUGUAAUUAUAAAGGCAAAGUUGUUUAACUGUAAUUGGGUUUAAAUAAUAAUAAAUAAUAAUAAAUAAUAAUAAUAAUGAUAAUUAUUAUCAUAAUAAUAAUAAUAGUAAUAAUCUGUUUUGGAAACCUGAAGCCUCAGAAUACUUAAAUUGGAGCCACUUAAAUAUGGCGGAAAAUAAUAAAGGAAGAAUGCUUCUUAAAGUUAAAAAAAAGAAAAACCAACUUGUUAAGAAAAAUAAUAGUUUAGAUGUUAACAAAGAACAAGAAAUACUUCGAGAUCGAGGUAAAAAAAGAUUAAAUCCUUUUUUAAGUUGUGGUCCUUCAAAAAAACCUGAUACUUCAGAUGCAGAAGAAAAAUAUAAAGAUAGUUCUUUUUUGACUCACUUAAGUUCUAAGGAUAAGGCAACAUUUAUACAAAAAAGAACUUGUUUAAAUUUAAUGCCAGAAAGUGACAUAAAACAUAAAAAAUCAGAUGCAAUUGAUACAAAUGCUAAUGAAACAGUUCAAGUUAGUUUAAAAUCAAAUUAUGAGUUUAAGAACUUUCCAUUAGACUGGAGCAUAAAAAAUCAAGUUCGAUUUCUUUCCUUCAAACCAUUUCCUCAUUCUAUGAAUCUAAAACCUGUUGACCAAUGUGCUGGAAUUAUUUCCUUCACACGAUGUGAAGAUGAGAAUAAUAGUAAACUUUUUAAACAACUUUCUUCAUGGGUUUAUCCGAAUAUACCUGGUUUGCCUUUGUAUCCUUUAAAGAAAUCUAUUUCAGGAAAUUUAAAAAAUACAUCUGAAUUAAAUCUUCUUUCAAGUAAUACUUUGUUUCAAACAUUAGUUAUGAAGGGUUGGCAAAACAGCUUUCAGUCAUUGUAUAAUAUGUUAAAAACAGGUUAUUGUCCUUUUUUUUAUGUUUGCAGUCAUCAGUAUACAGUUCUGUUCACAGCUACUGGAAUCUCUACAAAUCAAUUAUCAGCUGUUAUUACCCCUACAACAAAAGGAUUUCGCUCAAUGUUAAAACAAGAAGGAAUUUCUUUUGAGUUUACAGUGGAAAACACUACUGAUGAAUUGCUUGCACAAAAAGAUCCUGAUGUUAAUCUAGAUAAUAGUCAAGACUUUGAAAAUUCAGGUAAUAUAGAGUUUCUAGACAGCAUAGGUUUAACACCUCAUGCACAUUUUCCUAAAAUUCAAGAGCAACAAAGGCUAAAUGAUCGAGUAAAAUUGAGACUUUUGGACAAUCGUAUAGAAUCUACAAUACGAGUAACAGACUGCAACUCUUUGUUUAAUUUUCUUUUAAAUUCAACUUUUCUUUGUGCUCCUUCUGGUGCUAUGGCUGGUGUUCCUCCAACUUUGAUAUCGCCUUCACCUUUCGAAGGAGGUUCUUUAUCAUUAUGUAAAUGUGUGUAUAGGCCUCUCCAGCAACAAGUUGAUCAGAAAACUCAAUCUAUUUUUUGUUUGGAUGUUUCUGGUUUUAUUUUACCUACACAGUUAAAAGGGCUUGUUAGUUUUUUAAUAAACCAAAGUGAUCAAACUUGUGCUAUUCAAUUAAAGUCUUCCAAUAGAUUGUCCGGCUUGAACUCUUAUAAGCAUAUUAAAUCAAAUGAUAUAUCAAAUGAAAGUUUAAAAAUGAUGGGUUUAUCUCCCUCAUUACAUUCUUAUCUUAACCAGCAGCCUAUAUAUUUACCGAACUUUUGUGAUAUAAAAUAUGAAGAAAACUGUUUUAAGUUCUAAUAAUAUUUGAAAAAACCAAAAAAAAUUUUA